UCACCAUAGUAUGAUUCGCAAAUACACCGCAGCGUCCAGCAGUAGGAGGGCACUCGGCGCGUUUGGGGUGGUGCUGUUGUGUUUCUCUGUUGUUGUCCUCCUUCUGCUGACUGCUGCUGUUCAGCGCGGGAUGAUGGCGGAGGCAAUCACGGCACAGCUAGACUCAUUCGGCUGCAAUUUCCAGAUAACCAGUUGUGCUCUGGCAUCUGGCCAGUUGGAGAGCCGUGGUCUGAUCUCUCACGCCCCCAACAGCCCCGCAGGAAUGGAGAGCAGUCAACCUAUCACCAUCACAGACCUGGUUACACGGCGGAAGAAGAAACGCAGAACUCGGGCCACGGACAGUUUCACUGGCAAAUUUAGUGAUCUGUACAAGCUGACGGACGAGCUGCUGGGUCAGGGAGCUUAUGCUAAAGUCCAGGGCUGUGUGAGUUUACAGAACGGCAGUGAAUAUGCUGUGAAGAUAAUCGAGAAGAACGCUGGUCACAGUCGCAGUAGAGUUUUCAGAGAGGUGGAGACGCUUUACCAGUGUCAAGGAAAUAAGAACAUUCUGGAGCUCAUUCAGUUUUUUGAAGAUGACUGCUGUUUUUAUCUGGUGUUUGAGAAGUUGCGUGGAGGUUCCAUUUUAACACACAUCCAGUGUCGAAAAUACUUUGAUGAGAGAGAGGCUAGUCAUGUGGUCAGGGAUAUAGCACAUGCACUGGACUUUUUGCACAACAAAGGAAUCGCUCACCGGGACCUUAAGCCUGAAAAUAUCCUGUGCGAAUAUACUGAUAAGGUUUCUCCUGUGAAGAUCUGUGAUUUUGAUCUCGGGAGUGGAGUGAAGCUGAACAGUGCCUGUACCCCAAUAACUACCCCUGAGCUCACCACACCGUGUGGCUCAGCUGAGUACAUGGCUCCCGAGGUGGUCGAGGUCUUUACGGAUGAGGCUUCGUUCUAUGAUAAGCGCUGUGACCUCUGGAGCCUUGGAGUGAUUCUCUACAUCCUGCUCAGCGGGAGUCCUCCCUUCACCGGCCACUGCGGCACCAACUGUGGCUGGGAACGAGGAGAGACAUGUCGUGCCUGCCAGAACAAUCUGUUUGAGAGGAUUCAGGAGGGGAAAUAUGAAUUUGGGGAUGGAGUCUGGGCUCAGAUCUCAGCCGAUGCCAAAGAUCUGAUCUCGCGGCUGCUGGUGCGAGAUGUCACUCUACGGCUGAGUGCUGCCCAGGUCCUGAAGCAUCCCUGGGUGCAAGGGAAUGCACCUGGAAGAGUUCUUCCGACUCCUCGUGUUCUACAAAGAAACUGCAGCACUAAAGACCUGACACAGUUCGCAGCUGAUGCCAUCGCGUUCAAUCGGCAGCUGUCUCAGAAGGAGGAAGAGCAGGAGGACUUCGGUGCCGUGGUCUGCUCCAUGAGGCUCUCCCCUCCAUCUAACUCUAGAUUAGCCCGUCGCCGAGCACAAUCUCAAGCACUACGCGCCAAUAACUGAUGCCUACCCACCGCACAGGUGCUCCAGUUAUACUCGUGCACACCAUAGUGCAUUAUAACCCUUCAUACACAUACCUUCUCUGGCGAACGGAUGGGUUCUUGAGCAAACACACAUGUAUAUGCACCACAGUCGCAGUGCUACCAACUUUGUAGCACAGACUAACCUUAUAUAUAUACACAAACCAAAAACAUCCAAACAUUUCUAAUUUAUUUACAGGUCUCUCACUCUGUGUAAUAUGAGUUUUUUUGUGUUUUAAGCAUCAGAAAUUGUGCUUGUUUUUAUAUUUAUUACCAAAUAUUUAUGGCUGGUGGUCAGUCAGAUAUAAAAAGGGUGUUCAGCUCUGAGGGAAUCUACAGACGGUUUGAUUUUUAUGUUGCCACAUCAGUGAGGCUUUUAAUCAACAUUAGCAUUUCUAUUCUUAACAAAACAUCGAUUCUUUUAACAUUUUUAAAAACCGCUCGAGUUACUGUAAAGCACAGGACCUCUUGCUUUGUUACUUUUUUUAUUGUUUAUUUAUAUAACGUCUAGCUGUAGUCUAGUUAUUGUUGUGUGAAUAAUGUUUUGGUUUAUUUGAGCAAUGUAAAGCCAUGCUGCCUGACAGUAACAUACACAUUAUAAGCUGUAUCAUUGUGUAUGUCUUAAGUGGAAAUGCAAUCAAGAGGUAUUGCUGCUUUACUGAGGAUGCUCAUUAGGUGUUACAUAUAUUUGGCCAGAUAUUUUCAGCUCAAAUAAUUAGUAAAUAUUGCACAGUACGUAUUUUUGUCUUUUCAGAU